UGACCUCAGCCCCGGGAACGCCAGCACCAACCAUCUGGAUCCCAUUUGCGACGCCCGGCCCCCCGGCAUUGCCGAGCCAGCCGCCUCCUCCGGCCGCGCUCAGACCCACGGCAGCCGCCGCGCAGGGACCAGCGUCCCUCCAGCGCCCUGUCCCGCCGCUGUUCCCUCAUCCCAGCACUGCCUGCACCCCUCCAGAGGGGACCGGGGAGGCUGAGCAGCGCCGCACGCCAUGAAGCAGCGGUGAGAGGCGCUCCGGAGAGGAAAAUCCCGGAGUAAGGAGCUCCUCUGGAGGUUCACUCAGGGGUCUCACGUCAGGUGCUUUGAAACAAAAGAGAAUAAAAGGAAAACUCCUAAAAGAGCAAAAUGAGGAAACAUCGGCAUUUGCCCCUCUUGGCAAUGUUCUGCCUCCUGCUCUUGGGCUUUGGCUCUGUUGGUGCUCAGCAGCAAGCAGCUCAAGAGUCCGCUGACCUAAUUUUCCUUAUUGACGGAUCAAACAACAUCGGAGGUGUCAAUUUUCCAGCCAUACGCGAUUUCCUUGUAAAUUUGAUUGAGAGCCUCAGAGUUGGAGCUCAGCAGAUACACAUUGGGGUGGUGCAGUAUAGUGAUCAACCCAGAACCGAGUUCCCUUUGAGCAGCUACUCCACAAAGGCGGAUGUCCUGGAUGCCGUGAAGGCACUCGGAUUCCGCGGGGGCGAGGAGGCGAACACCGGUGCGGCACUGGAGUUCGUGGUGGAGAACCUCUUCACCCAGGCGGGAGGCAGCAGGAUAGAGGAAGCGGUGCCUCAGAUUUUAGUGCUGAUAAGUGGUGGAGAAUCUAGUGAUGAUAUCCGAGAGGGCUUGUUAGCGGUGAAGCAAGCUGGUAUAUUUUCGUUUAGCAUUGGGGUCCUGAAUGCUGACAGUGCAGAGCUGCAGCAGAUUGCUACUGAUGGAAGCUUCGCCUAUACUGCCCUGGAUAUCCGUAACCUUGAUGCUCUUCAAGAAUUAUUACUGCCCAACAUUGUUGGAGUGGCCCAAAGACUCAUUUUGUUAGCGGCCCCAACCAUUGUGACUGAAGUUAUUGAAGUGAACAAGAAGGAUAUAGUCUUCCUGAUAGAUGGCUCAACUGCUUUGGGGGCCGCCCCCUUUAAUGCAAUCCGUGAUUUCGUUGCCAAAAUUGUCCAAAGGCUGGAGGUUGGACCCGAGCUGAUCCAAGUGGCCGUGGCACAGUAUGCAGACACUGUGAAGCCAGAGUUUUAUUUUAACACCCACCAGACCAGGAAGGACGUGAUGGCCAAUGUGAGGAAGAUGAAGCCCAUGGGUGGCACAACACUCAACACUGGCUCGGCACUGGAAUUUGUGAGGACCAACUUCUUCACCAGUGCUGCCGGGUGCCGGGUGGAGGAAGGGGUGCUCCCCAUGCUGGUGCUCAUCACUGGGGGUAAGUCCAGGGAUGCUGUUGACCAAGCUGCAGCAGAGCUGAAGAGGAAUAGGAUAGUGACCCUUGCCGUUGGGUCGAGAAACGCUGACCUGGCAGAGCUUCAAGAAAUUGCUCAUGAACAAGAUUUUGUGUUCAACCCGAACGACUUCCGCCUCCAGUUCAUGCAAGCCAUUCUUCCUGAAGUGCUGUCACCUAUCCGGACACUCUCUGGAGGACUGCUCGUCCCAGAGCCACCCUCAGUUCAAGUAACCAAAAGGGAUAUCAUCUUUCUUUUGGACGGAUCACUCAACGUCGGAAAUGCCAACUUCCCCUUUGUGCGGGACUUUGUGGCCGACCUAGUUAACUACCUUGAUGUCGGCAGCGACAAAACGCGAGUGGGCUUAGUGCAAUUUAGUGACACCCCCCAAACCGAGUUCUCCCUGUACUCCUACCAGAGCAAAGCUGACAUAAUCCAGCGCCUGGGGCAGCUGAGGCCCAGGGGGGGCUCGGUGCUCAACACCGGCUCCGCGCUGAACUUUGUGCUCUCGAGUCACUUCACGGGGGCCGGUGGGAGCAGGAUAAAUGAACAAGUGCCCCAGGUGCUGGUCCUGGUGGCGGCAGGGAGCUCUGCCGAUCCCUUCCUCCAAGUUUCCAAUGAAUUAGCUCGGGCCGGAGUGCUGACCUUUGCUGUGGGCGUUAGGAAUGCGGAUAAGGCAGAACUUGAGCAGAUUGCCUUUAAUCCAAGAAUGGUGUAUUUUGUGGAUGAUUUCAGUGCCCUGGCAGCUUUACCCCAGGAGUUAAAUAAGCCCAUAACAACAUAUGUUAGUGGAGGUGUGGAAGAGGUUCCACUCGCCCCAACAGAAAGCAAGAAGGAUGUUUUAUUCCUGAUUGAUGGCUCAGCCAACCUCUUGGGCAUCUUCCCUGCCGUCCGGGAUUUUGUACACAAAGUAAUUUCUGACCUGAACGUGGGUCCCGACGCCACGCGAGUCGCCGUUGCGCAGUUCAGCGACACCAUCCAAAUUGAAUUUGACUUUGACGAGUACUCAUCCAAACAAGAUAUGCUUACCAAAGUGAAAAGGAUGAAGAUUAAAACUGGGAAGCAGCUGAACAUCGGAGCUGCACUCGAUGAGGCUGUAAGGAGGCUGUUUGUGAGGGAAGGUGGAAGCAGAAUCGAAGAAGGGGUUCCUCAGUUUUUGGUCCUCCUCGUUGCUGGGAGAUCGACCGACAAUGUGGAGGAGCCAUCAGAUGUUCUGAAGCACGCUGGAGUGGUAACCUUUGGUAUCAGAGCCAAAAAUGCUGACCCUGUAGAGCUGGAAAGGAUUGUUUACGCCCCACAAUUCCUUCUGAACGUCGAAUCCCUCCAGCGGAUUUCAGAGCUUCAGCCGAGCAUAGUCAACCUGCUGAGAACAGUCCAGCUUCAGCCAGGAGUAGUUGAGAGAGGUGAGAAGAAGGAUGUGGUGUUUCUGAUCGAUGGCUCGGACGGUGUCAGAAGAGGUUUCCCUCUCCUGAAGACGUUUGUCCAAAGAGUCGUGGAGAGCCUGGACAUCGGCCGCGACAAGGUGCGCGUGGCCGUGGCGCAGUACAGCAACACCAUCCAGCCCGAGUUCCUGCUGGACACCCAUGAGGACAAAGCAGAUCUCAUCAGUGCCAUCCAGCAGCUGAAGCUCAUGGGAGGGUCUCCUCUGAACACGGGGGCAGCCCUUGACUACCUCAUCAAGAACGUGUUCACGGUGUCAAGCGGCAGCAGGAUAGCGGAGGGUGUCCCGCAGUUCCUGAUCCUGCUGACUGCUGACCGGUCCCAGGACGAUGUCAGGAGGCCCUCAGUGGUCCUGAAGACGAGCGGCACGGUGCCCUUUGGCAUUGGGAUUGGAAAUGCCGACCUCACAGAGCUGCAGACCAUUUCCUUCCUCCCAGAUUUUGCUAUCUCUGUGCCCGACUUCAGCCAGCUGGACUCGGUGCAGCAGGUCGUCUCCAACAGAGUCAUCCGGCUGACCAAGCAAGAGAUACAAUCUCUGGCCCCUGACCUGGUUUUCACAUCACCCAGCCCAGCGGGCGUGAAGAGGGACAUCGUGUUCCUGGUUGACGGCUCCCGCUACGCCGCCCAGGAGUUCUACCUCGUCCGCGACCUCAUCGGGAGGAUCGUCAACAACCUGGACGUGGGCAUCGACACCACCAGGAUCUCGGUGGUGCAGUUCAGCGAGCACCCCCACGUGGAGUUCCUGCUCAACACCCACUCCACCAAGGACGAGGUGCAGAACGCCGUGAGGCAGCUGCGGUCCAAAGGCGGCCAGCUGGUGAACGUGGGGGAGGCCCUGGAGUUUGUGGCCAAGACCAUCUUCACCCGGCCCUCCGGGAGCCGCAUCGAGGAGGGCGUCCCGCAGUUCCUGGUCAUCCUCUCCUCCCGCAAGUCCGACGACGACUUUGAGUACCCGUCCCUCCAAGUCAAGCAAGUGGGGGUGGCACCUAUAAUGAUAGCCAAGAACGUGGAUACUGAAGAGAUGAUACAGAUUUCCCUCAGCCCUGAAUAUGUAUUCCAAGUCUCCAGCUUCCAGGAGCUGCCCAGCCUCGAGCAGAAGCUGCUGACUCCGAUUGAAACCCUGACUGUGGACCAAAUCAGGCGGCUGCUGGGAGAUGUGCAGCCCCCCAUAGAUGUUUCUGGAGAUGAAAAGGACAUAGUCUUCCUCAUUGACAGCUCUGACAGCGUCCGGCCGGAUGGGCUCGCUCACAUUCGGGAUUUCAUCAGCAGAAUUGUCCAGCAGCUGGAAGUGGGGCCAAACAAAGUGCGGAUUGGGGUGGUGCAGUUCAGCAAUAGCGUCUUCCCCGAGUUCUACUUGAAGACCCACAAGUCCAAAAACGCUGUCCUGGAAGCCAUCCGCCGCCUGAGGCUUAGAGGUGGGUCCCCCCUGAACGCUGGCAAAGCCCUGGACUUCGUGGUGAAGAACUACUUCAUCAAGUCUGCAGGGAGCAGGAUAGAAGAUGGAGUGCCCCAGCACCUGGUGGUCAUCCUUGGAGACCGGUCCCAGGAUGAUGUGGACAGACCCGCCAGAGUGAUCACUUCCACAAGCAUCAAACCUCUGGGUGUCGGAGCCAGGAACGUGGACAGGGACCAGCUGCAGGUCAUUACCAACGAUCCUGGGCGCGUGCUUGUGGUGCAGGACUUCACAGGGCUCUCAACCUUAGAAAAGAGGGUGCAGAACAUUCUAGAUGAGCUCCCGAUACCUACAACAGACUCGCCUGGAAUAAAUCAAGUUGGAGGCAAGAAGCAGGCUGACAUUGUGUUUUUGCUGGAUGGCUCCAUCAAUCUGGGGAGAGAUAACUUCCAAGAAGUCCUCCAGUUCGUCUACUCCGUGGUGGAUGCCAUUUACAGGGAUGGCGACUCUAUCCAGGUAGGGCUGGCCCAGUACAACUCGGAUGUCACUGAUGAGUUUUUCCUCAAGGACCACUCCACCAAAGCUCAGAUUUUAGACGCCAUCAACAAAGUCAUCUACAAAGGCGGGCGGGUGGCGAACACCGGCGCGGCCAUCAAGCACAUCCAGGAGAGGCACUUUGUGAAGGAGGCUGGCAGCAGGAUUGACCAGAGGGUGCCCCAGAUCGCCUUCAUCGUCACGGGUGGGAAGUCUACGGAUGAUGGGCCGAGGGCAUCCGUGGAAAUCACGCAGAAAGGCGUCAAGGUGUUCGCGGUCGGAGUGAGGAACAUCGACCUGAAGGAAGUCAGCCUGCUGGCCAGUGAGAGCGCCAUGAGUUUCAGAGCAGCCACAGCCCAGGAGCUGUCAGAGCUGAAUGAGCAGGUCCUGGUCACGCUGGAAGCUGCCAUGGAGGAGAGGUUGUGCCCAGGAACAACAGAUGUGACAAGAGACUGUGACCUAGAAGUGAUAAUUGGCUUUGAUGUCAGUGAUGUUGGGCCCGGCCAGAGCAUCUUCACUUCCCAGCGAGCCCUGGAGUCCAGAAUGGAGUCUGUGCUGAACAGGAUAACACAGAUGCAGAAGAUCAGCUGCACUGGCAACCAGGCACCCAAUGUCAGGGUGGCCAUCAUGGCCCAGGCCCAGGGGGGACCUGUGGAGGGGCUGGAUUUUUCCGAGUACCGGCCCGAGCUCUUGGAGAGGUUCCUGGACAUGCGGACCCGCGGGCCCUACUACCUCAGGGCAGACACACUGAGGUCCUACCUGAGCAAAUUCCGCUCCUCACCCGCUGGCAGCACCAAGGUCAUAAUCCAUUUUACUGAUGGUGUAGAUGAGCCAAUAAGUCAGCUGGAGGCUGCUUCGUCUACUUUACACUCAGAAGGAGUCAACGCUCUCAUCUUCGUCGGGCUGGACCGAGUGGCCAACUUUGACAGAGUGAUGCAGCUGGAGUUCGGCCGUGGCUUCACCUACAACAGGCCUCUCAGAGUUAAUCUGCUGGACCUGGACUUUGAGCUGGCAGAGCAGCUUGACAACAUCGCAGAGAGGGCGUGCUGCAAGGUCCCCUGCAAGUGCUCAGGACAGAGAGGGGACAGAGGUGUGCCAGGCCCUAUAGGACCAAAGGGUGUCACAGGGGAUCUUGGCUACGGAGGCUACCCUGGUGAUGAAGGAGGACCGGGUGAGCGUGGACCUCCGGGUGCGAAUGGGACACAAGGUUUCCAGGGAUGCCCCGGGCACAGAGGAACAAAGGGUUCUCGGGGAUUCCCAGGAGAGAAGGGUGAACUGGGAGAAAUGGGUCUGGAUGGCAUUGAUGGAGAAGAGGGAGACAAAGGUUUGCCUGGCUCCUCUGGAGAGAAGGGAUAUUCUGGCAGGAGGGGAGAUAAGGGAGUCAAGGGAGAACGAGGGGAACGAGGCGACCGCGGGCUCCGUGGAGAUCCGGGAGAUUCAGGAGCUGAUAAUACUCAACGGGGCCCCAGAGGACAAAAGGGUGAAAUUGGACCAAUGGGAGAUCCUGGACCGGCAGGGCCGGAGGGCCAAAACGGUGAAGCAGGGAGGAAUGGCAUGGCAGGACGAAGGGGGCCCAUAGGAAUAAAGGGCACCAAGGGCGCGCCUGGCCAGCCAGGGCCAGCUGGAGAACAAGGCAUGCGAGGGCCACAGGGUCCCCCUGGCCAGAUUGGCACACCAGGCAUCAGAGGAGAGCAGGGCAUCCCUGGACCCAGGGCUGGGAGUGGACCUCCAGGACCCCCAGGAGACCGUGGCAGGAUUGGUCCUCUGGGAAGGAAGGGUGAGCCUGGAGACCCUGGACCCAAAGGGCCAAACGGACAGCCGGGCCCACGAGGAGAGAUGGGUGAUGAUGGACGCGAUGGAAUUGGUGGCCCAGGUCCUAAAGGCAGGAAGGGAGAACGUGGCUUCGUAGGUUACGCAGGGCCAAAGGGUGGACCUGGUGACCGUGGUGUUGCUGGAGGCCCCGGCCCCAAAGGAAACAGAGGCCGCAGAGGAGAUGCAGGAGUACCUGGGAUACCCGGUCAGAAAGGAGAGAUUGGAUACCCUGGGCCAUCUGGCCUUAAAGGCGAGAAAGGAGAAUCCAGAGAUCAAUGUGCGCUGGUGCGGAACAUCAAAGACAAAUGCCCUUGCUGCUAUGGUCCCAAGGAGUGCCCUGUCUUCCCAACCGAGCUGGCCUUUGCUAUUGACACCUCCUCGGGCGUCGUGAGGGAGGUUUUCAACAGGAUGAAGCAAACCGUGCUCAGAGUGGUCAACAACUUGACCAUCGCUGAGAGCAACUGUCCCCGAGGGGCACGGGUGGCCCUGGUCACCUACAACAACGAGGUCACCACCGAGAUCCGCUUUGCUGACGCCAGGAAGAAAUCCAGCCUCCUGCAGCAGAUCCAAAACUUCCAGGCAACGCUGACCACGAAGCCGCGCAGCCUGGAGACCGCCAUGUCCUUCGUGGCCAGGAACACCUUCAAGCGUGCCCGCAGUGGCUUCCUGAUGAGGAAGGUGGCUGUCUUCUUCAGCAAUGGGGACACCAGGGCGUCCCCACAGCUCAACGAUGCUGUGCUGAAGCUCUACGAUGCCGGGGUUGUGCCGGUGUUCCUCACCAGCAGGCAGGAUGCGGUGCUUGCCAGAGCUCUGGAGAUCAACAACACGGCCGUCGGUCACGCCAUUGUUCUCCCAACCAGCGGCGGUCAGCUGAAUCAAACCAUUCAGAGGCUUUUGACUUGUCACAUUUGUUUGGAUGUGUGCGACCCAGAUCCCAGAUGUGCUGGAACUGGCCAGAGACCUUCCUUCCGAGACAGAAGGGCAGCCCCCACUGAUGUGGACACAGACAUAGCCUUCAUCCUGGACAGCUCCGAGUCCACCACCCCCCUGCAGUUCAGCGAAAUGAAAAAAUACAUUUCCCACAUUGUAACCAACCUGGAAAUCAGCUCAGAGCCAAAAGUAUCCCAGCAACACGCCAGAGUGGCUGUUCUCCAGCAAGCUCCUUACGAACACGAAAUCAACUCAAGCUUCCCACCAGUGAAAACUGAGUUCUCACUAACUGAUUAUGCAUCCAAAGAGAAGAUCAUUAAUUACCUCCACAACCAAAUGACCCAGCUGCACGGCACGAGGGCUCUAGGAAGUGCAAUUGAGCACACAAUCACUCAUGUCUUUGAAAGCGUGCCAAGCCCUCGGGAUCUAAAAGUCAUUGUUCUGAUGAUGACUGGAAAAGUGAACAAAAGAGAACUUGAGCACCUGCAGAGGGCUGUCAUCAGUGCAAAAUGCAAAGGGUACUUCUUUGUUAUCUUGGGCAUUGGCAGGAAGGUGAAUGCCAAGAACAUCUACAGCCUUGCCAGCGAGCCCAAUGAUGUGUUCUUCAAGCUGGUUGAUAAACCAGGAGAGCUCCAUGAAGAGCCCUUGCUGCGUUUUGGGACACUGCUGCCAUCCUUCAUCAGAAGUGAAUAUGCUUUCUACCUGUCUCCAGAGAUAAGGAAACAGUGUGAGUGGCUCCAGAAUGGUCAGCAAAUCCAAGGCCAGCACCCCGUGCUCGUUGGGCAGAAAGCAGUGUUCGUGGCUCCCAACGUGACCGCCAGCCGCGCCUUCCCUGCCAGCACCACGGUCAGCGCCACCAUCAAGCCAGCAGCGAGUGCCCACGCCAGAACCACUCCUGCCAGCACCACGGCCCAGGCUAGAGCCCCCCAGACCACCCCAGCCACCUCUGUGGCCCAGGGGAAUGCCACAGCCCAGGGAACAGCCAGUGCCACCACGAGCCACAGCAAAGCCAGCGGCCGGGCUGCCACCACCACCAACGCCACAGGCACCGCGGCCGGCGGCAGGAGGAGACACAGCGCAAAGACCCACGACAUCCAGAUCACAGAUGUCACCGAGAGCAGUGCCAGGCUGCGCUGGGCCAGCCCUGAGCCCCACAGCACCUUUGAUGUCACUGUCACCUUGGCACAGGACCAUUCCCUCGUGCAGAGGCAAAACCUGACUGGCACCGAGCACGUCAUCCGGGGGCUCCGGAGCGGGCAGAAAUACGCUGUUGUCAUCACUGGCUCCCAAAAAUCCCAGCACAAAGUAACCUACACAGGGUCAUUCAGCACGAAGACCCAGGCACAGGGCCAGGUGUCCCUGGCCAACAUGAUGCUCAACACUGAGCCACUGGAAGGGCCUGAGAGUGUGAUGGAUGUCUGCCGGCUGCAGAAGGACGAGGGCACCUGCAGGAACUUUGUGCUCAAGUGGUACUACGACCCCGAGACCAAGAGCUGCGCCCGCUUCUGGUACGGCGGCUGCGGCGGCAACGACAACAGGUUCAACACGCAGAAAGAAUGUGAAAAACUCUGCACCCCUGGUGCCAUCAACCCCGGCGCGGUGACGGCGAUGGGGACAUAGAGCCAGGGGCCGGCCAACACUUACCUCUGAGACAGCAUCACCUUUGCCACCUUGCCCCUAUAGAAGCUAAGGGUAUAGACAACCUUGCACUGUAAUAUUUCAUGCUUUAAACUCCCAGGCAAACCCCGAGGAGAGGGUUUUGCUGCAUGACCUAUCAAUAUGGUGCUAAACUGUUUGUGGACUGAGUGCUACACGUGCCCGGGUUAUAUUGAAUAGCUUCAACAUUGCCAAAUAUUUACCCAAGUGCAGAUUGUUAUUGUCUCUCAACAUGUCUUCUAAAUUAGCCUUUUUGCCCCCCCAAUUCUGGCUGUCUGCCUAUAUAAGGCAUCACAAAAAUUAGUAAAAAAAAAAAUCAUCAUAAUUUCAAUGCAACUGGUUACCUGCUUGCUUUUAUCCUUCUCAUAACUGAGUGUAACUUUACAGGGGAAGCCUUUUUGUAAGAGAGUGGCUGAUUCUGAUAAAAAAUUGGUUCCAUUUCCACUCUUCCUCUCUUUUUUUUCUCCUUUUGCUGGAUUCAGUCUCAGACUACAUCUCUUGUAUGCAUUUGUACCACAUGUGGCCAACCGAACUAGCAAGGAAAAGGAAGCAAAGUUUCCAAAUGCAAAUGCACUGCUGGGACCAAGGCCUCAGUUAACAAAUCUUUAAAUUGUGGUGUAAGAUGCCUCUGGCAUUCUUCUGAUGUUGUAUGUUUUAUA